AAGAAAUUAUUCACAACAGCAAUUAGUAAUAACUUAGAUCUAAAAGCCUUCAAAUUUCUCAUGAAACAGGGAAUAAAAAAAAAGUGAGAGGAAGCAAAGGGAGUUUCAUGAAUCACACUUCCAUCUUCCAAAUAUUUAUGAGUCAACCUUCGGUCAAGGUUAAAAAGCAAAUGUGGCCUAUUUGACAAAGUCAUCUUUCCCAGGUUUCCUUUCUUCUUCCUCUACCGUGUCCAACAAUCAAUUCUUGUCACUUUCUGAAUAAUUUCCAACACAUACUAAAAAUUUGUGAGCAGCCACACUAGAAAAAACCCAGCAAAAAUAUAAUCAGCAAUAUAGAAAUCAACACCUAUCAGUUUAUAUGUCCUCUAGUGCAUGCAGUUUGUAAUAAUGUCCAAAUGCUUUUUUUCUGCUGACCAAUAGAGCAAGACGAUCCCCAGAGUCCAAUAAAAUUAUGGAAGAUGAAACCAAGUUUUUAAUUCUUCAAGGGUGCAAGUUGGCCAGAGACCUUGAAUCCAACCUACCAACUGUGGCAAACCAGCCCCAGAUAAGAGUAUCCGAGACCUGCGAAGUGAUCAUAAGAAUUUUCACAUCAGCUUUGGAGAAACUGAUGAACAACAUGAACAGUGAGGAAUCAACUGAAGGUUACCAAAGUUGCUUUCCCAGGUUAUUGCCAGACAAUAACUGGGGAAGUGGAAAGAAAGUGGGAUCAGAUCAUCAGGUGAGAGCCAAAUUGCUUCUUAAAGCUGAGAUGGGUCAAGGAAGUAGCGAUGGUGAAGGCUGUGCAACAUUUAGAGGCCUCGGAGGUGGAAUACUGUCCAUGGAGGUUUCAUCAGAUCUCAACAGAACAGCUUCAUCCUCACAAAGAUCUCGAAGGAGUGUUUAUUUUAGGAGGGAUGAAGGUGAGAAACGGGUAAUGAGAGUCGCAGCUCCUCAGAUGGGCAACACCGACAUUCCUCCGGACGACGGGCACACUUGGAGAAAAUAUGGUCAGAAAGCAAUUCUCGGAUCAACCAAUCCAAGGAGUUAUUAUCGUUGCACCCACCAAAAAUUAUACCAGUGCCCCGCAAAGAAGCAAGUGCAGCGACUCGAUGACGAUCCUCGCUUAUUCGAAGUGAUCUACCACCACGAUCACACGUGCCAUAUGUCCCCGACUGCACCGUUGUUUCCGCCGCAGCCACCAUCAGCAAAUGUCAUUCCGAUGGAUUUGGAUCUAUGCAGGUUUAGCGGAUCAAGCAGCACCAUCCCGGUGGUCGGAGGCAGCGGCUCAGGCACUUCGGCUGCUCGACACAAUAAAGAAGUCGUCGAGUACCCAGUAGCAGAUAUGGCAACUGCGAUGUUUAAUCCCGGGACCAACAAUCCAAGCACCAUAGACAUGAUUUUCCGCAACUCCAAGGAAGGAAAAUAAGAUUUAAUUGGGUUUGUCUGAAUGAAAGCUAACACUUCAAAACCCAAUUGCAGGAGGAGGAUAAGCAAAACAUGGUUUGAUUAAUAGUCUUCAUCUUUGGUAGUCUUUGUAAAGAAAUUAUUCAUUUGCAAUUACUGUCUGAAUAAGUCAGAUACUGACUGUCUAGACUUACGUAUAGUCCGUUGUACUCUAAUGCCGGCACCACUUAAUGUUUAUUGUGAAAUUAAUGUUCAUGUAUACCUUAUUAGGUCGCUCUAUAAGCAUAUGACAGAAUCUUUACUUUACUUUCUCCUUUGCUCGAGUGUAAAUAAGCACUUGGGAGUAUGUCAUAUGAUGUAGGAUCCUAUUGUAUUCAACUAUUUAUAGAUAAAUGAUAAAUU